CCGUCUCACGCCGGCGACGCAAUCAGAGGCGGUGGUUCGAAAAGCUCGUAUCUUCGAUUCUAGGGUUUCGAUUCUCUCGGAGACUGCUUGAGUUUCACGUCUUUGCUGCUACAUUUAUUCAUUUGAUGCAUAGACUACAAUCAUACAACGAAUAAGCAGAAUGUGCAUUCAUUCAAUGUAGGUGGUCGAGCUCUAUGGGUGAGUCUGCUGGAUCGAGCAGCUCAUGGGCUGCAAUCAAUUCGUCCAACAUUGGUUUUCAGCUCCUAAAGAAGCAAGGGUGGAAGGAAGGCACUGGUCUUGGAGUCGCUGAACAGGGUAUAUUGGUGCCAGUCCAAGCAGAGCUGAAAAAUAACAAACGAGGAAUUGGAGCUGUAGCUGAAAAACCAACCAAGAGAAAAGCCGUGAAAGCCAGUACAGAUUCUGGAAAGGAGGAAGAAGUCUCUAAGCAAUCCAAGAAACUUUCAAAGAAAAUGCGAAAGUUGAUGGAGCACGAAAAACAGUUACAGGAGAAGGAAUUCGAACGAGCCUUCUUCAGGGAGUUCUGGCCUGAUAAUGUAUAAGAUUGAUACCCAAAAAUUGUAUAUGCUAGUUUUAGAACUCAGCGUUCGAGUCAUUGUCCCUUAAUCUACUCUCGAGUUCAACUGCUCACAAACAAAACCCAAAAACUAUUUUUUAACAUUUAUAAUAUGACGCAGUAAAAGAGAAUGACAUUAUGUAGACAAAA